AUGCUGAGUGCCAUAGCAGCUCGCAAGGCGCGUUUGAAGGACUCCACACCUCUCGAACCAUCUUCCCCCCCCAAAACCGCGUCACCCGUACAGCCAUCCUCAGAGCCUGUUCCUCACGCGAAGCCAUCCAAACCGUCCUCGAAGCGCAAGCAGAGCAUCCAGUCAGCCUCUCCUUCUACACGCAAGAAGCAGAGGAAGGCCAGCUUCAAGGGGCGUAAAGAUGGAGAGAGUGCCAGGUAUUUUGCAGCGCAGCGCGUGGAAUCGGACUCGUUCGAGGAGACCGGCGACGGACAGGUUGAUUCGGACGUGUCCAUGGCUUCUGAUGAUGAUGAAGGUGCCGUGCUCGACCUUGUUCCUGUUGUAACCCCGAGAAAGGACUCUCAAAAACGCGCUUGGUCCCCGAGUCGACCCUUACUGGAUUCGUCGGACGAGGACGAAUCUUUGCCUCAUGGUGCAGGUGCGACAUCCCGGCGCUCUCAGUUCGAUCCAGAACGCGUGGUUUUGUCCACUUUCCGACCAAUUCAAGACCAGAACUCCUUCUCUCUAUCCUCAGAGGAGCUGGGCUCAGUUGGUCUUUCAUCCGACGCUGCGGUGGUUCUUAUACUCUCGCCCACCGACACUCUAUCUCUGCUAGGACCGUACCAACUGACCGUCCUCCGAGGGUCUGUCUCGUUGCUCGGCGUGACACUUCAUCCCUCUCAAACACACCAAGUCUUUGCUUGCCGAUCCUCACCUAUCCCGACUCUCGAGGCUUUGGCAGAACGCGGGGAAUCUUCUAGGGUCGAGUCGGUUGCCAUUCCAAGUCGCAUUCGACCAGCUGUCAGGGAUUCGGACAGCGUUGUGGUACUUCAAGAAUUGAAAAGCGGGAUCGAAGGUCUAGGACGCGUUGUACGGACAUUCAAUGGCAUCUUCAGUCCGUCCAGGUAUGGUCAGACGGACUCUAUUCCCCUAGCCAUAAGUGGUGUUCACCUAUUGGAUCAACCGUCUCGGGACAUCCAGCCGUUCUAUCUGCCACACACAUGGGAGGCAGCUUUGUCCUUGGCCUGUCCGCCGUCACCUUCGCAAGCAGGCGAAGCUAUGUUGACGCCCCCUGUGACUCUGAUCAGGGGACCAAAAAAUUCAGGCAAAAGCACAUUUGCACGAACGUUGCUAAAUCGAUCGACCAUGCGAUAUCGCAAGGUCGCAUACCUUGAGUGCGAUCUCGGCCAAUCCGAAUUUACACCUGGCGGGAUGGUCGCUCUUACUAUCAUCGAAAAGCCUGUCUUCGGACCCCCAUUCACACACCCUACCCUUCCUCACCAAGCCCACUACAUCGGCUCCACUUCCCCUCGUACCUCUCCGUCCCACUACCUCAGCGCUAUCCAAGCGCUCAUAUACACUUACAGACUUGACAUACAGUACGCCACAUCCCUGGUCGAUGACCAAGAAACAGAGGGUGCAGACGAUGGACGUAUCUCGGAUGUCAUACCUCUUGUCGUCAACACAAUGGGGUGGACAAAAGGUCUCGGAGCCGACCUGUCAUACAAGGUCGAGGAACUUAUAGAGCCAGCGCUCAUAAUCGAGCUCGACGCGCCCUCCUAUGACCAGAGCUGGUCCAAGGCUCGGCCUACCGCUGCUGGGACUCCAUCCACAGGAAAAUCCAACAUACAAACCAUCGAGGCUAUCUCGUCCAGCAUACUCUCCACGCGCUUCACGGCGUCCGACCAUCGCGCGUCAUCCAUCCUGUCUUAUUUCCACGCAGUGUUCAGUCCGUCGCUCGCCUCUGGUACCGUGAAGCAGGUCGCAGCAAGCGCGUGGAACACGGCGCUUCCUCUCUGUGCGCAGGUGCCAUACGAAGUAGACUGGAGCAGCGCCGUCGACAGAGUGUGCUUGCUCGGCGCAGGCACUGAAGACGUCGUUCCCUCCGAAAUUCUCCGUGUCCUCAACGGUGCCAUCGUCGCUCUCGUGCGUGCGAACCCUGACGCGGACGGUGACAUUCUCCCCAACGCUGCCGCCUCGGGUGAGACAGCCACCGUCGACAUCGUGCCGUAUAUACAAGGCUCAGCGCCUCCGAACCCCUCGAUGUCGACUACCCUCGGCCUCGCGCUCAUUCGCGCCGUGUCGUCCUCUCCUUCACGCUUGCACGUCCUUACGCCUGUCCCUAGCUCACUGCUCGGCCAGUGCCGCGUGCUGGUGAAGGGGGAGAUGGAGAUCCCGAUAUGGGGAAUGCUGGAUUUCAGGUCGGAGGGGGACAUCGCUGGAGUUGAGCGGAGCGCGGUGCCUUACUUGAAAUGGGGCAAAGGUGAGGGGAUUGGCGGGGAGAGGAGACGGGUCAGGAGGAACUUGAUGAGGAAGGGUCAGAUGUGA